CAAAACUGGCUAGCGCGGUCGCUAGCGUGUGCGUUCUCGCAUUCUCUCGCGAGAGACUCAACGAGACUGUCGCAUUUCGCCAUGAGAGGGUUCCUGUGAAGUUAGUGUUUAACGAAUGCGCGUAUGUGUUCCUCGCCACUUUCUUUUUUGAAGUGAAAUAUUACAAGGAAGUAACUGCGGAAGACAUGUAAACAGAGUGGAAGCGCAGUGAUAUUGGCCCUGAGGUCCCAUGGGUGUCCAGGGUCUGACCACCUAUGUGGAGGGGAACAGAUACUUCUUCCAAGAUGUGAAGUUCAGGGACAGUCGCCUGGUUAUUGAUGGCUGCAGUCUGUAUUUCCGCCUCUAUUUUAACAGCGGGUUUGAUCAGCAGCAUGGCGGGGAGUAUUCUGAUUUUGCUUCCCUGCUCAUCCAGUUCCUCUCUGCACUGGCAGCCUGUAACAUCCAGCCAUAUGUGGUCCUGGAUGGAGGGAUUGACCCCAGUGACAAGAAGUUUCCUACUCUAAGGCAGCGCUUGCAAUCCAAGAUAAAGGAGGCAGACAGUAUCUCUCAUGGGCGCAAUGGCUCAGUUCUCCCCAUCCUCUCAAGGAAUGUCUUCAUUCAAGUCCUCAUUGAGAAAGGAGUCCCACUGGUCCAGUGUUCAGCUGAGGCUGACUGGGAGAUUGCAUGUUUGGCACACCAGUGGAACUGUCCAGUGCUGACCAAUGACAGUGACUUCUAUAUCUUUGACCUUCCAGGUGGCUACCUCCCAUUACGUUUUUUCCAGUGGACCAACCUAAAUGGCAAAGCCUCUCAUCGCUACAUCUCAGCUCGGUGCUACACCACUAGCAGUCUGUGUCGCUUGUUUGGGGGCAUGAACCAUGAGUUGCUACCGUUAUGUGCCGUCCUGACCGGUAAUGACUACGGCGUUCCAAAAGAGGCUGAAGCACUCCUUGCUCAGUUAGAUUUGAGUGCAGGGGGGGCGGGUGGUGGCAGGGGUAAAGGUGGAGCAUACAUGUCACGCAUUGAGGGAAUUCUCCUCUGGCUGUCAAAUUUUUCAACUGUGGCAAACGCACUAGAUGAAGUGAGCAAACUAAUGGGGGAGGAAAGCAGUAGGGGCAAGAGGGGACAGAAGGGUGGGCUCAGUUCCCAGCUGUGGGCAGGCAUGCAGGAGUACCACAUCCAGGGUCGAAGCUCUCUGGCUCGCUGGUUCUCCGGAGUUAAGGCAGUUCCAGCGGGGCAGACUUCUAGACUGGCACAGCUGCCAGAGUGCUUGUCACUGGCUGCAAUGCAGGGACUGUUGGCUCCUUUGGUGAUUGAUGCUUUUGUGAUGCGAAGAGUCCUUCUCAUGCCACAGGUAGAAAACAGUAAGCUGGCCAGCAGCCACUGUAGUUCUAGAGCCAUACGACAGGCUUUAUAUGGGAUAUUACUGCAGAGACCCGAAGACAACACAACUCAAGGAAGAGGUGGAGGUGCACAGUUAGUGAAGGGACCACAAGGUGAAGUCCAUAGACAGGAUAUGAGGAUGCAAGAACACAUUAGACAGGGAAUGAGGGGUGGAAGAGGGCGAGGAGGAAGGGGGAGUGGAGGCAGGGGUCAGGGCCACAUUGUACCAGCACAGCAAGGUGUAUAUGGAGCAUUUAGCACAGAACAAGCAGCUGGUGCAGCUACAAUGCCUGCUCAAAGCUUUAGCACUCCCAUUUGUGUGGAAGAGUACGACCGUUUGGACCUGAACUUGAAGAAAAACCAAGUGGAGGCACAUCCCCCCAGAAACCAUCUACAUCUGGAUGGACUCGGUCAGGCUCCUGUGGCAGCACGACUUAGUGUCCUGUUUGAAGUCUUGGGGGUGAAGGACUCUGCCCUAGCUCCUGUUCCUCUGCACCUACAGCUGGCUGUAGCAGUAACUGGAUUCUGGUUGCGAGAGGCCAUACCAACACCCUCACAGCUCCAGCUGCAGGCUUUGGUGCUAGGCAUGGUUUAUGGAGAGCUGUUCUCGAUACACCAGAAUGGAGCUAUGCAAUAUCAGCACCCAGCGCCACAGAUAAACUGGGCUGCAGAGUGUAAGGUGUGGGAGGGGCUGAAUCGACAGCGUGUGAGAUCAGGGGACAGACGAGGCAUGGAUCUCGGAGCUGCUCACAGUUUCAGCCAAUGGCAGGCCUGCCUCUGGAGCACACUGUGUCUCAAUCAGCUGUUGCUGCAUCCACUGCCUGAGCCCAAUCUGUCAUGGUUGUUCAGUGGUACCUUGGUGCACGGCCUCCUCAGGUGUCUGAAAGGGGGUCGACCUGCUGAGUCACUGCUGUCUGGGGGAGCCUUUGCUGUGCAUCUUUACUUCUCCCUGCUGGGUGCCGUGAUGAACUGCAGCUUCAAAGCCAAUCCCUCUUCCUCAGCGUCGGGGAGGAAGAAGAGAGGCAGAGGUCGAGGAAGAAGAGGAAGAGGGGGAAGUGGAAGAGGAGCUCAAGGAGGGGGGAGAGAUGUUCAGGAGAUAAACAACAGGUUUGCUCUCCUUAUGAGUGAGGAAGAGUAUGAUUCUGGUGACUGAUGGGAAGGGAGGGAAAAAUGAACAGAUGGAACACUUGCUAAGGACCAAAUAAGGGACAUAUCAGUGGUUUAGAAAUCAUGCUCAGGGAAUGUUUCAAAUAAUCAUUUCCAAAUGAAGAAUAACAACAAAUAAUGUUUACCAUCAUGUACUGGACUAUUUUAACCUCCAUAAGUGAUAAAUAAGCGCUUUUUCUGUUCACAAUUCUGCAUCUUAACGCAUGUAAUGUCAAGACAUUAGAUCAGUUUUCCCAAAGCAAACUGACCAUAUUUUAGCAGAUUUAUAACAGCUUUUAUCAAAGUAUUCACACUGUUAUUGAUGUAACAGUCUUCAGCUGCAGUUUGUUCAAAUAUAUCAGCAAAAAUAUUUAAACAAUAAAUGUAGAGAUGCUUAACAUGUGGACCAGAAGGCUAUAUGGCAGCUAUUGUCAACUUAACAAGCAAUUUUUGAACUCUUAUGCCUUUUUAUUGCAGAUGCCUUAAUAUACACAAAUUCGGUGCUCUUGAAUAGUUUGCUCAUGUUUCCAUAUGGAAAAGUGUAAAUCAAACUUGGUUUUUAAAUUUUCUGAUUCUGCUAUAUUUGUUUUACUUGUAACCACAUAAAGCUGAGAAUAUAGUG